AUAUGAAACGUACAUUUCUUGCUUACAGAUGCUAGCAUGGCCUUUUGGAAUCUACUGAAUGCGAUAAUCAUUGGACAACUGUGUGUCUUCAAUGUUGGUGGUUCCGAGUACAACUGCCUGUCUUUGUCGUCGUCCUUGACGUGUGGGGAAUGUUAUAUUGGCUGGUAUGGUGAUUACUGUGACAAGGCAUGUGACUGUAACCCUGGUGGAUGUAACAAAGUAACAGGUGUUUGUAUCCAGUGUCAAGCUGGCUAUUACUCCACAAACUGUUCACAGACAUGUCCACCUCAGUGCAGAGAGAGCUAUGAUGACCGUGUCUUCUGUGGCCGUACAACAGGAAACUGUCUGGAAGGGUGUAAACAGACAUGGUGGGGGGAUAAGUGUGAACACAAGUGUGGAAAACAGUGUAAUGAUUCAAUUUGUUUCUUCUAUGAUGGUUCUUGUGCAUCUGGUUGCGUACACGGGCUUACCGGGACUCACUGUAACAAAUCCUGUUCAGCUGGAUGUUUGGGAGGCAACUGCAGGCAGCUGAAUGGCGUUUGCCCCCGUGGAUGUAAAACUGGCUUCUACGGGCGUACCUGUGACAGACGAUGUACUGAUAAAUGUCAGCAUAAAGAUUGCUACACGCGGAUUGACAGAGACAGGCCAACCUGUACUCGUGGCUGUAUACCUCGCUGGAAGCCCCCUUUCUGCGAUAUCCCGUGUCCACCUUACUGUUUAUCCUGCACUGAAGCUGGAGUGUGUACAUCAUGCAAGAAAGGCUUCACAGGGAGCAGAUGUGAGAAGAGAUGCAACUGUCGAUCUAGUUGUAGCGACGACAAACUGUGCGAUGGAUGUUCCGAUGGGUGGCGGGGACAGACCUGUGAGUUGCCCUGCUCCAAAAACUGUCUGAUAUGUCAACAGGAAAGUGGUAACUGCACAGCAUGUCGCCAAGGCUUCGCGUAUGAUGGACGAAGUCAAUGCACCCCUAUCAUCCAAGUCACAACCGACGAGGUCCCGAUUCCAGGGCAAGAUUCCAAAGUUCCUGUUCUGAUUAUUCUCAUCAUAGUUCCUCUCAUCAUAGUUGCAGCAGUCUGUAUUCUGAUCUAUAUCAGGAGACGAAUGAGUCAUCAGGUUAGUAUAAGAGGAUACAUAGAUCCCGUCACAAUGCCUCGCAACUUGGAGGAACAGCAGGAAUUACAGAUACACAGUAUGUGCCUUGCAGUACAGAAGAGUGAUUCCAAAUCCGCCACCUCUGCGCAAACAUCCAAGUCCAUACAGACCACAACAUGUAUUGCAUCCAAACAAUUUCGACCAGAAAGCAUAGAAGCCAAGGAAACUUCUAAAAGUCAUCCACGUCAAAAGACCCCAACCUGCCAUGAACAGAGGUUGUGAUUAUUACCUUCUAACACCGUCCUACCAUCCACUACAUACAUACAUUAUAUAUACUCUU